AUGCACCUUUUGUACAAUAAUGUGGUGUUUCUAGGUUUUGUGGUGAGUGCAGAUGGCGUACAGGUUGAUGAAGAGAAGGUCGCAGCUAUCCGGGACUGGCCUAGUCCUAAGACCGUUGGAGAAGUCAGAAGCUUUCAUGGCUUGGCCGGAUUCUAUCGGCGGUUUGUUAAGGAUUUUAGCACUAUAGCCGCGCCAAUGACUGAGAUUAUCAAGAAGGAAGUUGGUUUCAAAUGGGAGAAGGCACAGGAGGAAGCAUUUCAGACUCUUAAGGAUCGACUUACUAAUGCACCUGUUCUUAUGUUGCCUGACUUUCUUAAAACUUUUGAAAUUGAGUGUGAUGCCUCAGGAAUUGGAAUAGGAGCUGUUCUCAUGCAAGACAAGAAGCCGAUUGCCUACUUCAGUGAGAAACUUGGAGGAGCCACUCUCAAUUACCCAACUUAUGACAAGGAGCUCUAUGCCUUGGUCCGAGCCUUACAAACAUGGCAACACUAUCUUUGGCCGAAGGAGUUUGUUAUCCACACUGAUCAUGAAUCACUCAAGCACUUCAAAGGCCAACAGAAGCUCAACAAGAGGCAUGCUCGCUGGGCCGAGUUCAUAGAAACCUUUCCCUAUGUGAUCAAAUACAAGAAAGGUAAGGACAAUGUCGUGGCCGACGCAUUGUCUAGACGGCAUCUGGCCUAUGAGAAUUCAAAGAUCUAUAAGGAAAGAACCAAAGCUUUCCAUGACCGCAAGAUCAUCCCAAAGAACUUUGCGCCAAACGACCAAGUUCUACUAUUCAACUUAAGGUUGAAACUCUUUCCAGGAAAGCUUCGCUCAAGAUGGUCAGGACCAUUCAGGAUUAAGGAAGUUCGCCCCUAUGGAGCAGUAGUACUAUGGGAUCCAAUGGGAGGAGACUUUACAGUCAAUAGACAAAGGCUAAAACCUUAUCUAGCCUCCACAACCAUACCACAGGAGACCACACUAGCUCUUGGCGAUCCACCAGAUCCUUAA